CAAGGCCUAACCCGAAACACAGGCGCAGAGGGGGGCUCGGGCGUCGUCCUCAACUUCUACUCCCCGCCGUCGGCACAUCGAUCCUUCGCGCGGCUUGGGAGCCUGAUCGACGGGGGCUGCCCCACGCUGCCAGCUACCUGCGGCGGCCGCCCCACGCUGAUGUAGCGAUAGGUUUGCCCCUGUUUCGCUCAGUUUCCGUGCAGCCGCAGCAGGCAGGCCAGCCGCGACGGGCGCUUCUGCGACGAAGCCGGUGCUCCCCGACCUCGACGACCCUGAGUCGACUCCGCCCUUGAAUUGCUGCCCACCGCGCCCUAAGGGGAGAUGGAGAUGAUGUUGAGUUGGGAGAAGGGGAAAACAAGAUUGGGAUGGGAAGAAGUGUGGAUUGGGUGGAGAAGUUGCUUCUGUUUUUUUGCUGAUGUUCUUGCUGACUUUGGUGAAGAACUGUAUACUCGGGAAGAAUUGUUUCUGUUCUGUAUCUGUCUAUAUGGAAGUUUUCUGUAUCUCGGUCUUGGGGAGGAGCGCAAGUAUGAAUUUAUCACUGUGCUUUGCAAAGUUCUCCUAGGGAGAUUGAUUUCUGUGAAGUAACAGCAUUGCCAUUACUGAUUCUUUUUACUUAUUAUAAUGGCACUAUCCGACUUGAAUGGUACCGAGUUCUUUGAAUAGUUACUGCACUAUCUGAAUUUUUUACUUACAAUGGCACAUAGUUCUUCAGAUAUCAUAAGUUGUUGCUAGACAUUGUCUAUAAAGUGUUAAUAUCAUCUGGAGGCAUAAAGUUAACUAGAUAGUUUGCUGUACUAUCUGAACUUGUUUGAGCGUGGUUAGAAAAAAAAGUUGAAUACCAAUAAAUAUAUAGGAUUUGGAGGGCGAGAUUUGGUCAUUUGGCUAGUCUGUUUGCAGAGUGCUGAAUGAUAUGGAGGGAAAUCUUUUACAAUGGAUGGGCAGAUGAAGUUAUAGAGGGUGGAAUCUGGAGUGUCUCCUGGAGAUACUUUAGUAUUUGGCCUUACCACUUUCAGAGCUUUGAAAUGAUUCACUUCACUGAAUUGAAAGACAGUGGCUCAGUCCGGUCCACUACCAGUCUACCACUCAUGGGCAAGAUAGUGGCAUGGCACAACUAAGGCCGUGGUUUUCCUGAGCCCAUUCCUCGCUCAACAGCAGCAUGUUCUGUGAUGCCGCUUGGGUUGGCGCGAGCUGCGUCAUACUGUGCUCGCCGCACUGGGCCUUCCAUGUCCUCCCUGGCAUGCAUGUCAGGUGCUUGCGAUGCGAUAACCUCAGCAAACAGGCUGAUUGGGCAGCACCUGCGUGCUGGCAGGGUGGAUGCUGUGCGGGAGGUGUUCGACAGAAUGCCACAGCGGGACGUCGUGUCCUGGAACUCCCUCAUGGCUGCAUAUUCCCGUUCCGGGUUGCAUGACAGUGCAGUUACUGUGUUCAUCGAGAUGAGGCGUGAGGGGUUCUGUGCAGACCACACCUCCUUCUCCACUGUGCUGUCGGCCUGUGCAGGGAUGGAGACUCUAGCUCUGGGGAGGUGCAUCCAUGGGCUUGCAACCAAGACCAGAUCUUCAUUGAACGUGUUCGUGGGGUCCUCCCUGAUCACGAUGUAUGCCAGCUGUGGGGUGUUCAGCUUCCUGGAGUGCAUUGUGGAUGAUGUUGACAGUCCAAACGUGGCCUUAUGGAAUGCUCUCAUAUCAGGCCUUGUGAUGAACCACAGGGUAGAGGAUGCUCGCAGGGUCUUCGAUCAGAUGCCAGAGCGCAAUGUUGUGUCCUGGACUGUGAUGAUCAAAGGCUAUUUUACUGUGCACGAGGUGGGGUGGGCAUUGGAGCUCUUUAACCUUAUGCCCACAAAGAAUUCUGUGUCAUGGUGCGUCAUGAUGGGAGGCCUUGUCAACCACAAGCGAUUCAGAGAAGUGAUUGAACUAUUCAACACUUUGAUGAGCAGUAGGGAUGCAGUGACAGAUGCAAUCCUUGCUAAGAUUGUUAAUGCUUAUGCUGGCUUGAAAAGUAUUGGAGGAGGCAGGUGUGUUCAUGGGUUCACUGUGAAGUCUGGGUUUAUUCAUGACCACAUCAUCGAGGCAUCAUUAGUUGUGAUGUACUGUAACUCCUUAGAUAUCGAUGAGGCACAGUUGGAGUUUUAUAAAAUGGAAAGAAAGCAUGUUGGCUCAUGGAAUGCUAUCAUAUCUGGCUGUAUCCAUGCAGGCAAGAUUGAUGAGGCUAGAAAGAUUUUUUAUUCCAUGGAUGGCAGAGAUAAGAUCUCAUGGAAUUUAAUGGUCAAUGGCUAUGUAAAAUAUGGAAAAAUUCCUGACGCUGUUGAGCUGUACUCAAAGAUGCCUGAAAAGAAUUUGGAAGCAUCUACUACUUUGAUGUCUUGUUUUAUAGACAAUGGAAUGCUUGAUAAAGCUCGGGACGUGUUCUACAGUAUGCCUCAAUUAGAUGUGAUGUCCUGCACUACUUUACUCUUUGGAUAUGUGAAAGCAGGGUAUAUAUAUGAUGCACUGGACCUUUUCUGUAGGAUGCAAAAAAGGACUGUUGUCACAUACAAUGUGAUGAUAGCUGGUUUGCUUCAUCAAGGUAAGGUUACUGAAGCUUACAAGCUCUUUGAUGAAUCUCCAACACGAGAUUUAGUGACCUGGAGCUGUUUGAUCAAUGGGCUUGCUCAAAAUGGUUUAAACAGUGACGCACUUAAUCUGUACAAGAAGAUGCUACUGUCAAAUAUACGGCCAAGUGAUUCCAUUCUUUCUAGCCUUAUUAGCUGUUUUUCACAUCAUUCUAUGAUUGUUCAUGGCCAGCAGUUUCACGCUUCUACUAUCAGGCUUGGGUUUGGAUCACAUUUAUUAAUUCAGAAUUCACUCAUCAGUAUAUAUUGCAAAUGUGGUGAAAUGAUUAUUGCCCAAGCCAUUUUUGAUAGGAUGGCCAACAGAGAUGUAGUGACAUGGAACACAAUGAUUUGUGGAUAUGCAUUCAACAGUCUUGGUCAAAAUGCUAUUGAGACAUUUGAUAACAUGAAAAAGGCCCAAGUUGAUCCUGAUGAGAUCACAUUUCUCGGCAUUCUUUCUGCAUGUAAUCACAUGAGCCUUUUGGAGGAAGGCAAACAUUUCUUCAGUAUGAUGACAUGUAAUUAUGGAAUUUUACCAAAUAAAAUGCAUUAUGCUUGCAUGGUUGAUCUGUUCGGUAGGACAGGCAUGCUUGAGCAGGCUGAAGAGUUAAUGAACUCAAUGCCAUUUAAACCAGACUUUGCAAUUUGGACUUCUCUCUUGAGCAGUAGCCGAUUGAAUGGCAAUGACAAGUUGGCAGAGCAUGCAGCAAGUCAAUUAAUUUCCAUCAAUCCUACUACUAAAAUGCCAUACCUGCAUCUCAUCAGUGUAAAUGGAUCAACCAAAAGAUGGAAUGUGAUGGAAAAUUUGAGAAGUCAAAUUAGAAAUGCUGCUACAGAGAAAGAAGUUGGCUAUAGCUGGAGUUAGCAUCUCAUCAUGAUUUACUGAUGUGUACUACACAACAGCAGCAUGUCAACAAGGUACCAGAAUACAAGACUGCCUACAGCCUACCACUGCUGAUUACUGAGGUCAUUUUUCAACUUUUCAUGGUGGAGCCAUGGCCCAUGGAUCACUUAUGCAGAAACUUGUCAGUUUGUCACCAAGCAGGUAAAAUUCUAGUACAUUAUGUUGUUAGCUAACCAUCCCCUGACAUUGAAGGCAUUACCAAGGAGAUGAUUACUUUGUUGCUUUUCAGUACCAUACUGAAUGUGUGAAAUUCUUGGUGUUCAAAAUUCAUGUCAGGUGUGUGGGCACACAUCGAUACGUACCUAAAAUUAGUGUAAAUAUUAUAUUUAUUAUUUGUCAUGACUGAGUUCACAAUGAAUAAGGUAUUGAAAGUUUUUUGUUAAAAAGAACACCAUGGCAUUGGAAGUCAUUUGUUUGGUAAGGCGAUAAAUGAUGGCUAACUGCUGAAUUAAGUUGCCUUUUGCCGUCCUUUAUUUUUUUUAAUAAAAAAGGUAUGACCUGGAUUGUACUCCUCGAGGGAUCAGAGCUGAAUUUCGUUGGUGAAAUAACGAUUUCAUAGUAAGAAAUAAAUGUUGUGGGUUGCCAUAGGAAUAUGUCCUGGACCUGGACUGGUUCACUGCAUUUAAUUUGUUUACUACUUCUGAAAAUCACUUGAGUGCUCAUAAAAUCAGUAGCUGUCACAACUUCUAUUUGUUUAAUGCAAGUGACAAGUUGUUCUAUUCUCAGUUUACCUUGUUGGAGAAAAGAAAAUAUAAUUUCAACUGCAGUUUUGUGGUUUAGAUAUAGUUGUAGCAGUGUAGCAUUUGUUUAUGGACUAAAAAAUUGGCACAAUAUUGUUUGAAACAUGCCAUAACUAUAGGGGAGAUACGGUCCAAGUGAACACAUGGGUAGCUGCUGCUGGUAAAAAUGGCAUGUGUCGAGACUACAGUUCUGUCAAUACAAUCUUGAGAGCUACAAGUGUUCGGGUGAUGAUGAAUUACACUAGAAGGCUUUCAAAAAUGUCAGAUGAAGUUAGGGCUGAGAUAGACCUGUAUUUCAACAGCCAUAAAAAAUGAGAAAAAUGAAAGCUGGGAGCACCUUUUGAUGGUGAUACUCCGAUGCAGUUCAUAAGAAAGGGUCUUACUGAAUUGGAUAAUCAUGCUUUCUUGCUUAACUGUGACUCAGUUAUCAUGAUCAUUCUUUUAUGUAAUGCCUUGUGUAGUUGCACUUUCGUUUGUAUUUGACAAAUAUUGUUCAAUCAUUGACUAACUAGACUUAAAA